GACACUUCGAAGUCCCAUCACGAAAUUCUUUCGCAGUUUAUUCAAGUUAAUCAGAAACAGUCGCUAUGUCUGCAGCUCCAGUAGCAAUUGUUACUGGUGGAGCCCAAGGUUUAGGAGCAGCUAUUGCUGUAACAUUGUUGAAAAAGGAUUACAAGGUAUGCGUGGCAGAUAUUAAAGAAGUCGAGGGUAAGGGCUUUGUAGAUGAACAGCAGAAGAUUUUUGGAACAGGAAAAAUAAUAUUCUCUGUUUGUGACGUCGCAAAGGAAGCUGAUUACACACGCACUUUUGAACUGACAUUGGAAACGUUCAAAAAAGUAGACCUUUUAGUGAACAAUGCUGGCAUCAUUUUCGAACAGGAUCCUAAAACUACUAUUGAUGUCAAUUUGAUGGGCCCAAUCAUAGGAUGUCAGAUGGCUAUUAAAUAUAUGGGAAGAAGCAAUGGUGGAGAUGGUGGUAUAGUUAUCAACACAGCUUCCAUUUUAGGUUUUCUGCCUUUUUCGAAAUUGCCGGCUUAUUGUGCAUCGAAACAUGGUGUGAUUGGUCUGACUAGAUGUUAUGGACAUCCGAGCCAUUAUGAGAAAGAGGAAAUAUUGUUCAUGGCUCUCUGCCCUUCCUUUGUGAAGACGAAUAUUCUAGAAGAUAUCAAGUCUAAAUCACUGGAGACAGGACUUGAUGUUACUAGAAGAGAGUUAUUAAGCCCCGAAUACGUGUCAGAAGGUAUACUGAAACUUCUGAAAGAUAAAACCAAUGGAUCUACAUUGCUCGUCACAGUAAAGAAGGGAUACCAGUACAUUAGCUAUCAAGAAGAAUUCAAAGAUAUCACCCUUGAGUAAAGAAUUAAGAAAAUACCUUUUAUCUAGUAGAAGAAGAUUCAAUCUAAAUGCUUUAUUGUAUAUACUCAAUGGCUUUAUUUCCAACGUGUAUUUUACGAACGACGUUUCUUUCCAUCAAAAUUAAUUGAAUAAAAUAUCUGACAAAAUAA